AUGCAGUUUGAAGAAAUUGUGGAAUAUGACAGAACUGAUGAUGUGAAAACCGACAAAGAGUUUGGUUCGUUGAUGCUUUCUGAAAGUUCUUUGCGUGCCUUGGCAAGAGCUGGUUACAUAUCACCAUCUCCUGUACAAGUUCAAGCGAUACCGAUUGGACUUCUUGGAUUUGACAUCCUUGUUCAAGCAAAAUCUGGGACGGGUAAAACACUGGUUUUUUCUUUACUGGCUCUCGAAGGAAUAAAUGCUCAGUCGAACGUUCCGCAAGUGCUCAUACUAACACCGACACGAGAGAUUGCUAUACAAAUAUGCACCGUAAUCACUCGUUUAGCUCCUCGGGUUGUUCUUAACAUAGUUAUUGGCACAAGUGGGCGUCUUUGUCACCUUGUGUCUAUUAGGGCACUAAAUACUUCAAGCAUUCGACUCUUUGUUCUGGAUGAAGCUGACAAGUUGAUGGAUGAAAACUUCCAGAAGGACAUAAAUUUCUUAUUUUCUUGCUUGCCUUCAGAAAAGCAAGUUGCGGUGUUCUCAGCGACUUAUCCUCAUAAUAUUGACUCAAUUUUGGCACGAUAUAUGAGAAACUCUCGCUUGAUACGUGCGGGAAGCGCUGAUGUUCAACUUAUUGGGAUAAAACAGUUUGUUAUAAUACGUUACGCCAAACAUGCCAAUGAUUCGUUGGCUACUCUGCUACGUUCAAUUACGUUUACUCAGUGUAUCAUUUACGCAAAUGAUCAUAUCAGGAAAGCAUUUGUUGGCUUUUAUUUUGAUGUUGCGUUUAUCUCUAGCGCGAUGGAACAAAGUGAGCGAAAUAAGAUAAUGAAACAGCUGCGGAACUUUGGUGUUAAAAUUCUUGUUUCGACAGAUCUCACUGCUAGAGGUAUUGACGUUGGAAAUGUUAAUGUGAUAGUAAACAUGGGUGCACCGUUAGACUGCGAGACUUAUUUGCAUAGAAUUGGACGUGCUAUUAAGUUUUGCUCGCUGAUUGGUGGAGAAAAAUUUUAUUCCAGAAAUGAAUUGUUAUGCAUACGGGAUCUUCAUACGCAACGUUUUUGGCAAACUUAUGCACGAAAACUGUUUGGUAAACUUCCUGCGGAAAUACGGAUUGCGUCAGAAAGCUACUUGAGUUUUUUAAAGGUAUUAUAUUCUCUUCAGAAUCUUUAA